AGACGAGGAAAAAGCUCCUGUAUACUGGCUUCAUUCAUUUUCCCGCAUUUAAAUACUUAAUUUCACACUGUUGUCAGCAAUGAUUUGUCAAACAUUCAGCUGUACGGGCGGGCUCCAGACGACGUUACACUUAACUCUUUAGUUACGAGAUAAUAGAGGCGAAUCGGGGUUUAACUGGCGAGCAGCAGAGGAUUCAGCACCCCCUGAGUGGACAGCGACUUUCCGAGCUCUUAGCAGCCUGACUUGCAAUAUGCCUGUGCGAGUAGCUCUCAAAUAGAAUGAAACAUUUCAGAAAACAACUGGAAACCACCAAUCCCAUGGACAAAUUCAUAGGAUAGUCUAUGCAUGAUUUCAAUUAAACAAAAUGGAUAAACCAUCUGCAGGAAUGAGUAAAGUUGGCUCCCGGUCAACAACCUCUCUUCCCCCGGAGCCUGCGGAUAUAAUCCGGAGUAUGUCGUGCUACAGGCGUGUUAAACUGAAUGUUGGGGGUCUACCGCAUGAGGUCCUGUGGAGAACCUUGGACCGACUUCCACGCACUCGACUGGGGAAGUUACGAGACUGCAAAACCCACGAAGCCCUCAUGGAUGUAUGCGAUGACUACAACCUGGACGACAACGAGUACUUUUUUGACCGACAUCCUGGGGCGUUCACAUCCAUACUGAACUUCUAUCGCACGGGGAAGUUGCACAUGAUGGAGGAAAUGUGUGCUCUGUCCUUCAGCCAGGAACUGGACUACUGGGGGGUGGAUGAGAUCUACUUGGAAUCGUGUUGCCAGGCACGGUACCAUCAAAAGAAAGAGCAAAUGAAUGAGGAGCUCAAACGGGAAGCCGAUACGCUGAAGGACUGUGAGGGCGAAGAGUUCGACAAUACGUGUUGUUCAGAGAAACGGAAGAAACUCUGGGACCUACUCGAGAAGCCGGGCUCGUCCGUAGCAGCCAAGAUUUUGGCCAUCAUCUCUAUACUAUUCAUUGUGCUCUCUACUAUCGCUUUGUCCCUUAACACCCUCCCGGAACUGCAAGACACAGAUGAGUUUGGUCAGACUGUCGAUAAUCCCCAGCUGGCUCAUGUGGAGGCUAUAUGCAUUGCUUGGUUCACCAUGGAGUACCUUCUUCGCUUUCUAUCCUCACCAAGCAAAUGGAAAUUUUUCAAAGGUCCCCUGAAUGUCAUCGACCUGCUGGCCAUCCUACCAUAUUACGUCACAAUAUUCUUGACAGAGUCCAACAAGAGUGUCUUGCAGUUUCAAAAUGUACGGCGGGUGGUACAAAUCUUUAGAAUCAUGCGAAUUUUGCGCAUUCUCAAACUGGCACGUCACUCUACAGGGUUGCAAUCACUGGGGUUUACACUGCGACGAAGUUACAAUGAGCUGGGCCUGCUUAUACUCUUCUUAGCCAUGGGCAUCAUGAUCUUUUCCAGCCUAGUUUUUUUUGCAGAGAAGGAUGAGGAUGAUACCAAGUUCAAGAGUAUCCCUGCCUCCUUCUGGUGGGCCACUAUUACCAUGACCACUGUGGGAUAUGGGGACAUUUACCCCAAGACACUUCUGGGGAAGAUUGUUGGUGGCCUCUGCUGCAUAGCAGGAGUGUUAGUCAUUGCCCUUCCCAUUCCCAUCAUCGUCAACAAUUUCUCAGAAUUCUACAAGGAACAAAAAAGACAAGAGAAGGCCAUCAAGAGGCGUGAGGCUCUUGAGCGAGCCAAACGCAAUGGCAGUAUAGUGUCCAUGAAUGUUAGAGAAGCAUUUUCACGUGGUGCAGAGCUUUUGGAUGUGGUGGUCAUGGAUAAAGGUGAAAGAACCCAGGACAACAAUCUCUCACCCAGUCGGUGGAAGUGGUCAUCUAAGCGGGGAGCAUCUGAGACCAGUUCAAAUCGUUCCUUUAAUCCAGACCAAGGUUCCCCGAGCAAGGCAAGGGCCUCUAGUCCACAGAGGCUUAAUGCACAGAAACUGGAAGAAAUGUACAACCAGAUGGCUAAGACUCAGUCUCAGCCCAACCUGAACACUAAAGACAGAAGCUCAUCUAAAGCAGGACAUAGAAGGGAUGAGAUUGAGCUAGGAGCCUUGCCAGGUCAAGAUGGUGACCCACUAAAUGGGGGUCGCGAAGGAGUGGUGGACAUGAAAAGUCUGUCCAGCUUCGACAGUUAUAUCAGCUGUGCAACAGAUUUUCAAGAGAACCCACGAUUCCCCUACAAUCUCGCAGGGGGCUUGUCCCUCCCAGAGAGCUCUAGGUUCUCUCACAGCCCUGGUUCAGGCCUCUCUAGUCGGGUCAGCGUGAACCCAAGCCUGCAGACCACCAUGGAGCAUGAGACCAUGCUUACACCACCUUGUUCUGGUGCUAAACCUCUCAACACUGAUGGUUCACGAAAACCAGGUCUGCUUGGAAGCUCUCAGAAAGGGCAUUUGGUUAAGGCGAAUCAUCGCAGUUUUGGUGAGACCUGCCCAUUGGGUGGUCCUCUAUCUGACAACUCUCUUCUCUCUGAUUGCUCCAUCCUAAGUCCAGAGGUGUCUGUCUACACAACAGCCAGCAGCAGGACUCCACCUAAGACACCUGAAAGGAAGGCAUUCACCCCUGCGGUCUUCACUUUCUAUGAUGCAUCUAUUAGUAAGUACAUUGAUGCCGACACGGAUGACGAGGAGCACUUGCGUGAGGGUGGCCAGUCAGAGCGUCUGCUGGGUGGCCUGAGCUCCAAGCCUCGUCUUGGUGGUUACCAAGGGGGCAACAACCAUUUUGAAGCUGCCCAGAGGCUGCUAGGUCAGAACUGCCUAUUCCCAUUGGGAAGUAGCCCAAGUGUUGGUCACGAGAACCACGUGGCUUCAGAAAACUUGCGGAGGCCCAAAGGGGACAGGGGAAAUUCCAAUACUUUUGAUAAGGGCCUCUGAGGCCCUAGAGUUGUGAAUUGGACUCUGAAAGGAGUCCAAGAAGGAAUAGAAGGCCAAGGAGAAAGCAGAGACUAAAGUACAAUGGAGAAUCAUUAUACGGGGGGCAUACCCUGGUGACUUUAUUCGGGUGAUUUCACUGGAAAACAGCGGUCAUGUUACAUAAUUAUGGAACAGGAUCUAGAGGAUGUACCACUGCCCACAUCUCUUGCCUUUUGGUCCUGCAUUGGUCCGUCGUAGGGGUAAGAUACAGCCAGAACAAAUCAGGCCUAUGGUUGUUUGAGACAAGAACAGGAUUAAACCUUAACUAACUUGAGGCUGUAAACUUACCAUUCAAGUGCAGGUAAAUUAAAGUGGACAGUCCGUCACUGCCCACAAUAACUAGUCACUGUCUAGAGCCCACCUUAAACAUUAAAAUAAGAGACAAAGUACAUGUAAAACCCUGUUUACUAGUGCACCCCUUCCCUGUCCCCUAAUAAACUGGCCUUACCUAACUGCAGUUAUGGGUCUGCAUACAGUAAGCGUGCUUGUGUGCAAGCAUAUAUGAUUAUAGGGAGGGCUGAUGGUAUGAUAAUGUGCACGUACUUUAUAUGAUAACUAUGACAUUCCUACACACAUACUCACUCUCCAGAAUAUAUUCACAUACUGUGUGAAACUUGAUUUAUUUAUUUUUAUAUAUAGACAUGAAGAUUAUUAUCUGUAGAAUUGUUACAUAUUUCUUGUCACUUUUAUCGAUAAAUGAAUAAAUUGUUUAUUGUUCCAUCAGAAGAGACCAAAAUCUGUUCAUAUUUUCCUCCCCUCGUGUUCAUUUAUUAACAUUUUAUCCCUUAUUUAUUUGUUUUUUUCUGGAAUUACUAAAUUCAAAAAAAAAAAAAAAUACAAAAUAUUAGUUUGUUAAUAGGUAGUUUAUGAGUGUUUAAGAAAGUAAUGGAACAAGAUACACCUCAUGUCCAAUGUUUUCUUGCAAAACACCCAUGCUUAUGAUUGAAUAUCACAAAGAAAUUAAUUAAAAACUAGCACAUGCACAUUGGCAACCCACACAGAUGCAACAAUGAGAACUAUAUUGAAUGGACCACAAAGUUAUUGGUAUUAGGCUGGAAUAAAUCUGACCAAGUGAUAAACUCUUCAGGUCAAUUCAACACUUCAGUUCAAUUUAACAAUUUCAUAGCAGAGUAUUUGGUUUCAGACACAAAUCUUUCUGAAUAAAUGAAUAAAUAUAAAUAUAUAUUUCUAAGGUAUUUUUUAAAUGAUCAUAUAAAGUAAGGUAGAUGGUCUAAUAAUUUGGCUUUGCCAGUGAGAAUGUUUAUUUUGAAAUAUUUGAUUUAGUAUAACGUUUUAAGGGACCUUUUGUGUCUUCACUAAUUAUUCUCUCAAAGUCACAGCUUGACCAAGAUGAUGACUGGUUUGUCCAAUUCUACUUUUGAAUGAUGGAUGAUUUCAAACUUAUCACUUUUGAUAGAGAACUCUGUAAAACAGAAUGUAAUGCAUGGCCACGUUUUCCUCCAAAUGUGACAUACACUGCACAAACUUCCUUAUCCUUAAAUUAUUAUAUCCUUUUCGUCCUCACUAUUCUAUAACCACACAAACACAGUCCAGCAUGUAAUCACAGGUAUGUAGAAGCUGUCCUGAAGAUGACUAUAUCCAGUUUCCAUGGUGAUCACAAGCCCUUCCUCGAAGCACUCACAUUCAGUUUGAAAACCAGGAUAGAGAGGGCUAAAUUAGAUCAAAAACAUUCACUCAAUUGUAUCCAUGUCAACAAAUACCAUCACUGAAAAAGUCACAUUGUUAGAAUGUACUUCUCUCCCAGACAAUGUUUGUGUGUGUGACUAUGUGUUAUCUAGGGAGCGAGAAGAUGAUCAGGAAAACUCUGCCUCUAGUGAGUCUUGGGAGUGUGUAUGCUUCCAUCCCUGUCUCAGCAAUUUAGCUGAGUUGAACUGAAGUGUGAACGGAAUACCAAUUUCUGCAAGAGCAAGGGAGAAAGGCGUGUAUGGGAGGCAGACAGAAAAAAAUAGAAGAGAGAGGGCUCUUCCUUCUCUCUGCUCAAUACGGAAUAAUUUAUGACUGCCAUAGGUGUACCGCUUACAUUAAUAGAGCAAGAUGAAACUGCUUUCAGAGAGUUAAGGUCCCUUGCUGUGGUUGUGGUCUUGUAAGGGGAUUUUAUAAUGUCCAUGAACUUUCGGUUGUGUGAUUCACAUUUAAUUCUCUAUUCAUUGCUUAGAUUUAUAUGGUGAGGACAUAAUUUUUGCAUAAGGAAAACAAAACCUAUAUUAGGACCUUUAAGAAAUGUUGUCUUAUGGCAUAAUUUUCAUGACAAUUAAGCACAUUGACUUGACUUCCUUAAAUUACCUUUAUGUUUUACUCAUUAUUCUCAAUGAUGAUUAAUUUUAGAUUCUCUUUGCGGCAAUACAGUCAUGAAAAUCAUCCUAUAUGUAAUGACAUUCAUACAUCU